AUGAGUGGCUCCGGGGCGUCUCAAGUCAUUGAAUCUUUACCAUGCAAUGAAUCCAGCGGCCGCAUCUACAAUGGCUCCGGAACUCAAGACACUGGAUUAUCGACUGACCCGUCUGCCACUGCCACGGGACGUCUGGUCGAGUUCCAUUCUAAAACCAUUGCCCCAUCACCACCUACCUCACAUUUAGCAUUCCAACAGCACGUGGACGACGGCAAACAAGAAACAAGCUCGCCUCUUCGUAUAUCCACCGGCGCAUCUGCCCCGAUUCCAAUACAAGUCUCUGCUGGACAUUGCGAAUCCCACAUUGCCAAUAUGGGCCUCUCGCCACCCCAAGCUUUCGACCAGAAAGCUUCUCCAAGCAACCUCUGCCCCAUCUCACGAACACCCAGCAUAAAGGCUGCGUUUGCCACUUAUUCUAGCUCUUUGGCAGGGUCCGGCGGAAGCAUUUCCAGCCCUGUCAUCGCCGCAAUGGGAGACCUAACGCCUCUGCCCAGCCCAUUACUCUCCAGUGAUUCGCCCGGACCCUGGAAGAAGCUCGACGCCAGCUCCCCGCCGCCUCAACUUCCAAGUAUAUUUUCUAAUUAUGAAGUUGUUUCCAAAGGCAGUGUUGAUGAUAUCACAAGCAGCCAGACUGUCCGGACCGAGGCUUCUCGGGCCGCUCCACCCAGGCGAAAGCAGUACGGCAGCUUGAUUGAGCCAGACAAGUCCCUGGCUGCGAUGCCACCGAGUGAAGAUGGACAAACACAACGUGUACACCAUACGAGGAACCGCAGCGUCAGUGAAUAUAUCCCGGAACCCUCACCAUCACACCGACGUCAGGUCGCCGUGUCCGGACCUCAUAUCAGUCGCAACAUUACACCCGAUAGUCACGAGUCACACAUGAGAAGGGAAAUCAACUUUGCCGAAUCGCGUGGGAUCACUUCUCUAGCUGGUCAGCCACCAACUCCGCCGCCAAGCGAGUCAUCGAAAGAGCCUGUCGAUGGUGGGAGAUCCAAGGAUAGGUAUCACGAAUGGUUCGAAGCCUGGAACAGGCAUGACCAAAAGCGUCGUCGUUGGAGAUCAAUAGGGUUUCUCGGUCAAGGGACCUUUAGCCGAGUUAUGCUCGCAAGCAGUCAGAUCCUGUCGACGGAUUAUUCACAGGAUCAGCCCAUCGAAGCCUCUUCUCUUGUGACAGACAAAGGGCAGCGGAAGAAGCUUGUGGCUAUCAAAGUCUGCGAGCAUGGCCCUCGAGGUGGCGCAAGUGAAGAGCGUAUUGAGAUGAGUCUGAAAAGAGAGCUGGAAAUAAUGCAAUGCAUACACCAUCCGUCUCUGGUCAACCUCAAAGCAUGGAGCAUCGAGCCAACCAGGGCCAUUCUCGUUCUGAGCUACUGCCCCGGCGGAGAUCUGUUUGACAUGGCAACCAUUCACAGAAGGCUGUUUACCCCGGCUCUUUUGCGCAGAGUGUUUUCCGAGUUGGUAGGCGCCGUCACGUACCUUCAUGAGAAAAAGAUUGUCCAUAGAGACAUCAAACUGGAAAAUGUCUUGGUCAACUUGACUCCCAUGGAGUUGGCGGACCCUUCUGUCGACUGGUCCAAGUUCCCCACGUCUGUAAUUACCCUUGCGGAUCUGGGCUUAUCUCGUCGGAUUGCAGAUGAUGAGAAACUAGAAACUCGGUGCGGCUCAGACGACUAUGCCGCACCUGAAGUGAUCAUGGGCCAGCCUUACGAUGGCCGUGCCACUGAUGCGUGGUCCCUUGGAGUUCUCCUUUAUGCCCUCUUGGAAUCUCGCCUCCCCUUUGAUCCACAUCCUGGCAUGAGCGAUGCCCAUCGGAUGCGUAGUAGGACAAGCCAUCGCAUCGCCAGAGUAGAAUGGCGCUGGGUUGAAUACGCAGGGGACGACGGUGAGCAUGAGGCCAAUAUAGCCAUGUUCGAAGAGAGGGGCCUCAUCGGCGCCAUGGAAAUCACCCAAGGGUUGCUGAAGCGUGCUCGUAGUCGGUGGACUAUGGAUCAUGUGGCAAGCCAACUGUGGGUGAAAGACGCCAUUCGAGUCCAGGGCGGCAUCAAAUUCAGGGACGAAGAUGAGGGACAGGAAGUCUAG